AUGCGGUCGGCAGAUCAAGGAGCUGGAGUGGAAAGUGAAAUCCUCAUAGGUUGUCCAUGGAUGCAGGACAAAUUCCCGCAGUAUAGCAGGACAUAUUUGACCUUGCUGGAAGAGAUGGGUGAGAAGAUAACCGAGGACAGCGUGGGAGUUCAUUUCCCUGAUGAGCUGUACAGACUUGCAAGAAAGUCACAGCCUGAGAGGAUCAUCAGGUUCAUAGCCCAGGUGCUGGACGAGGUGUCGAUCCUGCUGGACGAGGAUCUGAACGUCGUGGCCUGGGACCAGAAGAAGCUGAAGGACUUCAUGAGCACCCUGGACACACAGCUUGUGGCAACUCAGUCAUGUGUUAAUAAGACUAAAGGGAAUAAGAGACUGCACCUGUACUUCAGGAAACUGAGAAGUGAAACACUGCAAAUGGGGGACAAGGCCCAGGCCUGGGAGCUGAUCAGGAAGGAGGUUCACCGCCACCUGACGAAGGUCGACCUUCUGGCCAGCACACGCCUCUAAACACCAAACCCU